AUGUAGCUGCCACACGCACCCUCUUGAGCUGUGUGCGUACAGCGACGCUCGGCCAGGAGGGUCAAAGUCGUCAGUGCGUUUCAUGUGAGUGGACGGCAAGGAAAUAGACCCAGAAUGCUGAUACAUUGUACGACGUACGGUUGCGUACAACGCCGUACAAUUACGACAAGAGAACUGUAAGCUUUCACAGUAAAAAUAAUUUUCGGGCUUUCUUUUAAAUAUUAUGAUUGUGAAGCAAUCAUAGCACACGCUUUGGUGUUGACAAAAAGUAAACCUCUUGAGAAAUGAACAACGUACGACUAAAUUUCAAUGUCCAUGCAUUGACUUCUAUGGGAACGUCGACCUUUCCAACAUGGCCGCCAAGUAGGCACGUCAGUUAACCGGGCUGCUAAAGAACGCUGGCAUCUAGGAACGUGGCCAUGCAAAAAAAAAAAAAAACACACACACACAAACACGACACUCUUACAGACAUAUUUCUUAUUAAUGACUGUAACCGAAAGUCAUACACAAUCAGUCAGACAGACAGCGUUAGCCGUGAAGGAAUCUCUUUUCAUUGCUUGCUUGUCAAAGGGAAAGGGGCGUUCAUUGCUCCUCUUUCAGCUUGGACUGUCAGUGACUAGUAUGGCGGAGAGCGUUUCGUCGGGUGAAUUCUCGAGCUCUCUGACGAGCUGCGCCGGGUUUCCUCCGCCGAGGACUCGCAUCUUCAAAAUCAUCGUGAUCGGGGACUCGGGGGUAGGGAAGACGUGCCUGACGUACCGCUUCUGCGCCGGUAAGUUCCCAGAGAAGACCGAGGCCACGAUCGGGGUGGACUUCAGGGAGAGGCUGGUCGAGAUUGGCGGCGAGAAGCUCAAGAUCCAGCUGUGGGACACAGCAGGCCAGGAGCGCUUCAGGAAGUCUAUGGUGCAACACUACUACCGCAAUGUGCAUGCUGUAGUCUUCGUCUAUGACGUUACCAACGCUGCCAGCUUCAGCAGCCUGCCCGCCUGGAUUGAGGAGUGUAAGCAGCACGCUUUGGGCACAGAGGUGCCCAGAAUCCUUGUUGGAAACAAGUGCGACCUUCGAGACUCCAUUCAAGUCGGAACAGACGUGGCGCAGCAAUUCGCGGACUCCCACUCUAUGCCUUUGUUUGAGACCUCCGCUAAGAACCCAAACAGCCAGGGCGGCAUGAGCUCUGGCAGUAGUGACCACGUUGAGGCUAUUUUCAUGACGGUGGCUCACAAGCUUAAGUCACAGAAGCCUCUGGUGUUGAGCCAGCCUCCUGCUGCAUCAGGAGGUAGCAUCAAAUUAAGCAGCGGCAGGGGGGAUGGCACUGAUGAGUCACGGGGCUGGGGCUGCAGUAGCUGCUGAUAUGUGGAGGGACAUGACAACACCAUUAGAUCAUGAGGAUAUACAGACUGACUCACAGCCACAAUAAUGACAGAAUUAAUGAGUGUCAAUUGUUUGCUUGGUAGAAGGUGGAUUUCUCUUUUGGAAUAAAAAUGAGAUGGAGCUUGG